GCCAAGACUAGAUAGCCAGACUCACACACUCGCAGUAGCUAGCAUAGCUAGGUGCUUGACCUAGCUACAACCUCCCGUGGCCAAUAUGGCGUCCAAGGUGUCGGCUUCAUGUGGCCUCUUCCUUGCCCUUAACCUCCUCUUGUUUGCAGUGACCAGUGCCUGCCCAAGCUGCGGCGACUCGGGCAACAAUGGUGGCCACGGGAGCAGAGGCGGUGGGAGAGGUGGUGGCGGUGGAAGUGGCAGCGGCGGCGGAGGGCAUGGAGGCGGGGGCGGCGGAGGCCAAGGCGGCGGCAGCGGAGGAUAUGGAGGCGGAAGCGGAGGGGGUGGAGGAAGUAGCGGUGGCGGGAUCAUUGGCGGCGGUCCUGGCGGUGGGAUCAUCGGCGGCGGUCCAGGCGGUGGCAUCAUCGGCGGAGGCCCUGGUGGCGGGAUCAUCGGCGGCGGGAGCGGUGGUGGUGGCAGUGGCGGCGGCGGCGGUGGCGGGUAUGGAGGAGGAGGCGGCGGCGGGACGAGCGGGUGGUAUGGCAAGUGCCCGACCGACGCGCUGAAGCUGCACGUGUGCGCCAAUGUGCUGGAUCUGAUCAAGGCGAAGGUGGGCGUGCCUCCGUUGAAUGACCGGUGCUGCCCGCUGCUCAACGGGCUCGUCGACCUGGACGCCGCGAUCUGCCUCUGCACCGCCAUCAAGGCCGACGUGCUAGGCAUCCACAUCAACCUCCCCAUCCACCUCAGCCUCAUCCUCAACUUCUGCGGCAAGGGCGUCCCGACCGGCUUCAUGUGCCCGACCUAAUCCCAGUGAUAGCAUUGAGUUCGUCGUAUGAUCUCCCACAAAGAAAAGGGGAUGCGAGAGGUCACGUCCAUGCAUGCAUGCAUGAUUUCGACGAAGUGCAUGCAUACGUUCAAUUAUUUGCUUUGCUUUAGUUGUUUUGUAUUGUUUCGCAAACGUUUGAGUCGUAGCUUGUGCUAGUGGCCAUUGCAUUUUACUUUGCGAUGGAAUGUGUCCGCUUGUUGUUGGUGUUGUUAUUGUGACAAAUUAUCUUUUCCUAAUUAUUGAAUUUUGAAAGAUGCAUAUCAUCUAAUGGAUUGAUUUAGUAUUUCCAUGAUA